ACAAUGCCUCCUAAGGAGCUCAACGGAAGGGGUGGCCGCGCCAGCGCCGAGCCCAGUUUCGUGCGCAACACCAUCCAAGGCCUUACAAGCGCGGAGAAUAGGAGCGUCGUCACAUCAAUCGGCCUAUUCGCUAUCGGUGUUACCUUCCUGCACAGCAGCUGGGCCGAGAUCCUGCUUCCCGCGUAAACGAUGCAAUCGAUGCUGAAGACGAACGAACGAUGAGAGAAGCGAAGAAGUCGACCCCAGAAGCACACGUCUCAAAGACGAGAUAGUGGUAUUCGGAUGUGUAUGAAGGAACAGUGUAUACGGACACGGCAUGGGACUGGCGUUCAGGCAGAAAGAAAGUUUCCAUUCGAAGGUCUGAUGGGGUUGUACAACAAGUGUAUACAGCAAUAACAUACCCACAAUUGCGCCACACCAUCGCAUACACAUCUCGCCCACCGUCUCACACGAGCGCCUACAUACAUGCUUAUAUCCUCUUCUAGCACCGCGGUCAGCCAUCCAGCCUGAUGUCACCAUCCGAAACCCCAAACGUCUCCCAAGUCCGAGUCCGAGACAGCAGCGUACACC